UGUGUCUGGAGGAAAAAGAAAAAGGACUAGUAUUGCAAUGGAGCUUAUUACUGAUCCAUCCAUUUUGUUGCUGGAUGAGCCCACAACUGGCUUAGAUUCAACCACAGCAAAUGCUGUCCUUUUGCUUCUGAAGAGGAUGUCUGAAUAAGGAUGGACAAUCAUUUGCUCCAUUCAUCAGCCUCAUCGUUCCAUCUUCAAGUUCUUUGAUAGCCUUACCUUGUUGGCCUCAGGAAGAUUAAUGUUCCACGGGCCUGCUCAGGAGGCCUUGGGUUACUCUCCAUCCACUGGUUGCCACUGUGAGCCCUAUAAUAACCCUGCAGACUUCUUCUUGGACGUCAUUACUGGAGACUCCUGUGCUGUGGUGUUAAACAAAGAAGACACAGAUGGUGAAGCCAAGGAGACUGAAGAGCCUUCCAAGAAAGAUACUUCGCUCAUAGGAAAAUUAACUGAGUUUUAUGCCAACUCCUUCUUCAAGGAAACAAAAAUUGAGUUAGAUCAACUCUCAGGGGGUCAGAAGAAGAAUAUUUCAGUCUACAAGGAGAUCACUUAUGCCACCUCCUUCUGUCAUCAGCUCAGAUGGAUUUCCAGGCGUUCAUUCAAAAACUUACAGGGUAAUCCCCAGGCUUCUAUAGCUCAGAUACUUGUAACAGUCAUCCUGAGACUGGUUAUAGGUGCCAUUUUCUGCGAUCUAAAAAAUGGUCCUCUGUUCUGGAAUCCAGAACAGAGCCGACCGGUGCUCUUCUUCCUGACCACCAACCAGUGUUUCAGCAGUGUGUUGGCUGUGGAGCUCCUGGUGGUCGAGAAGAAGCUCUUCAUACAUGAAUAUAUCAGUGGAUAGUACAGAGUGUCAUCUUACUUCUUUGGAAAACUGUUAUCUGAUUUACUCCCCAUGAGGAUGUUACCAAGUAUUAUAUUUACUAGUAUAACAUACUUCCUGUUAGGAUUGAAACCACAGGUGGAGGCCUUCUUCAUCAUGAUGUUUACAGUGAUGAUGGUGGCUUAUUCAGCCAGUUCAAUGGCACUGGCCGUAGCAGCAGGUCAGAGCGUGGUAUCCGUAGCAACGCUUCUCAUGACCAUCUCUUUUGUGUUUAUGAUGAUAUUUUCAGGGCUGUUGGUAAAUCCCAGAACCGUUGUGCCUUGGCUCUCGUGGCUUCAGCACUGCAGCGUUCUUCAAUAUGGCUUUGCAGCUUUACAGCAUAAUGAAUUUCUGGGACAGAACUUCUGCCCAGGACUCAAUGUAACAACAAACAGUACCUAUAGCUAUGCAAUAUGUACUGGCAAUGAAUUUCUGGAAAACCAGGGCAUCAGUCUCUCACCUUGGGGCCUGUGGAGGAAUCACGUAGCCUUGGCAUGCAUGAUUGUUAUCUUCCUUACAGUUGCCUACCUGAAAUUGUUUUUCCUUAAAAAAUUUUCCUGGGCUUCCCUGGGGGCGCAGUGCUUGAGACUCCGCCUGCCGACGCAGGGGACACGGGUUCGUGCCCCGGUCUGGGAAGGUCCCACAUGCCGCGGAGCGGCUGGGCCCGUGAGCCAUGGCCGCUGAGCCUGCGCGUCCGGAGCCUGUGCUCCGCAACGGGAGAGGCCACAACGGUGAGAGGCCCG